AUGGCUGCUCACAAGACUUUGAAGACCAAGCAAAAGUUGGCCAAGGCCCAGAAGCAAAACAGACCUGUUCCCCAGUGGUUCCGAUUCAAGACUGGUAGCACUAUCAGACCAAUGUCUCAAGAAGCUAAAGACUAUUACUCACGUAUCUACACAGCCAUCCAGCAUAUUCCUCAAGGCCAAGUAACAACUUACGGUGCUAUUGCAGAGCUUACUGGGAAACCUCGUAACGCACGUCAGGUCGGGUAUGCACUCAAGUCUCUCCCGAACGAGUUUCGGGGUCGAAUCCGAGAGACGACGCGCAUGGCACUUCAGUUUGAUCCACGAGACGGGUUUUUAGAUGAACGUCUCUUUAUUAACGGAGACAGUGAUGAUGAUGAAGAAAAAGAAGAAGAUUUAGGCCCAACUGGAGCACAGUUUCAUUCAGGUAAUGUGCCAUGGUGGCGAGUGAUUGGUUCUGGGGGAGUAGUGCCUGUGCGUGCAAAUGCGCGCAUGCGUGAUGCUCAUGUGGCCCGGUUACAAGAAGAAGGUGUUGUUGUCACAGAGUACCGAGUAUCAAUGAGAGAGUAUGGCUGGGACCCGCCUUCAGGGCUUGCUGAGGAACUUGCCAUGUAG